UAUACAGUGAACAGACCAUAAUGAAAGCAAAGGAGGCCAAAUGCACUCAACCCUGAUGCAAUCCCACCUCCCAAUAGUGGUAUCUGACAACUACUUAGCUUUGCUUAAUCUCUCAUAACAUAUAUCUGUAUGAGAGGGAAGCUAGUAAUUCCACUCUCAGACGCUUCCCUAAUUCCAACUCUACCUUUCCUUCCCAAGCUGAACUUAAGACAAUACAGUGCAAGGAGAAAACAUCUUGAACCUGACCCUCUGUAUUGCCCACGGUUGGCUACACAAGAACCUGAAUAUUUGGUUUACGUUUAUUUAUACAGCCCAUAUGUACAGAGAUUAUGCCCAAAAUAAUCCCCAAAGCGAGAGGGAGGAAUAUGAAGACUCAGGAGAGGUCCCAUUCCUUUUGUUGAUCAUUGACUGACAGCUGUGAAAGCCUACACUGUUAUCUGGCUGUCAUACUCUGCCAAUGAGAAUGAGGAGGAAGUAGCCAAACCCUUUUUAUAAGUGUGAGAUUUGUUUGUGAUACCAGUUGUGUUGAAGUCUGCCCGCGAACAUGUCUACAACAAGUCAUGACAGCGUUAAAGCUGGCAUGGAGAACCUCACAGAGACUGCUGGCACCUUCAGUAAACUCUCCUUGGAUCCUGCAGAGGAGUACAAGAUGAACAAAAAACGACGAGGCCUUGCUCUCAUUUUUAAUCAGAAGCACUUUUACACAGGAUGCAAACCCCGCUAUGGGACUGAAGUUGACCGUAACAACUUGGAGAAAAGACUGAAAGAGCUAGGCUUUGAGGUGAAGGUGUAUAACGACAAAACAAAGAAAGAUGUCGAAGACAGAAUCAGAGAAGCUGCAGAAGCGGACCAUUCAGACGCAGACUCUUUCUUACUCGUCUUCCUGAGCCAUGGCGAGAAAGAUCACAUUCAUGCCAGCGAUGACAAGAUCAGCAUUCAGGAUAUCACAGCUCGGUUCAAAGGAGACAAGUGCCCGACCCUUGUAGGCAAGCCAAAGAUCUUUAUACUACAGGCAUGUCGUGGAGAAGAGUAUGAUAAUCCUGCGACUGCCUGUGGUGGUGGUGAAAGUGAGCCAAAGGAAGAUGAGUUGAUGGUGGAUGCCAGUGCCAUACACACACUUCCUGCUGGAGCUGAUUUCAUCAUGUGCUACUCCGUGGCUGAAGGUUACUUUUCCUUCAGGAAUGUACUAGAGGGCUCCUGGUACAUCCAGGAUCUUUGCAAGACCCUUGGAGAGUAUGGUGACUCCCUUGAAUUUACAGAUUUACUCACAAUGGUCAACAGGAGAGUGUCGAUGAGGAGUGUUGAGAAGUGUACAGACCCGGCUGCCAUUGAGAAGAAGCAGGUUCCUUGCUUUUCUUCAAUGCUCACUAAGCAACUGUACUUUAGACCAAAAGAGUAAAUGUGUCAGAGCUGCCAAUACAAUUCUCCUAAUGACUGCACUGUGAGAAUUGUGUUUGGAAUCUCUUAAUAAAUGAAGACAAUAAAAAUGUAAUUGGUCAACUUACA